UCUCCUUUCAUUCGUCCUUCUCCGCUCUUUUUCUGCGAUGGAAAAACAUGCAGUUGCCUUUUCCAGAAUUGAGGCGCAUAACAGUGAAACGCUGCAACAAGUUGAAAUGCCUUCUAAAGAACGUUGUAGUUGGAAUGCUUCCACAACUACAACUCAUUGAGUUAUCAGAGGCUGCACGAACGGAGGAGCUCUUUUCACAUAGCAGUGAUGAAGCCAGUGCCAGUACGCAAGAACUUGUGCUUCCAAAUCUGGAAAUAUUGAGACUUUCAAGAUUGCCUAGCCUCACUCACUUCUGCAAAGGACUCAAGCUAAAUGCUCCACAACUCAAACAAGUCCAAAUAAAUGAAUGUCCAAAAUUGGACUUCUCCUCCCAGCAAGCCGCUACCACCCAAAGCACAGAUGAUGAGUCAUCUGAUGAAGAGCAAUGAAGGAAAAGAGCAGAUGGAAGAAGCGGAAAAGCAUUAUUAUGCGUAUGCAGAUGCAUGUUAUUAGUUAGAGAUUUGCGUUUGAACUGGAAUAAAACCUUGUGAUUUCAAAUUCAGAAGUAUUAUGAGACCUUUAAAGUGCAUUUCAAAUUCA